CCUUGCCAGUAUUAAACAGGGCGCCGUGGUCCGUCCAUGAACCGGGCUCGAUGGAAUCAGACGAAGCAAGACCAAUCGCACUAUUCCCCCGGCCAUUUUUACUAGAUAAGCUAGGGGAAUGGUGUCUGAAGGCUGUAGAAGCGUGGCCUGAGCUCGACGAGACUUCGGACAACUAUGAUGGGAUUAUGAAGACACAGGUUGAAUUUCUCUGGGAACUAUGGAAAGACACCACGGAUCAGUAUCCGGUGGCGUACUUGGAAAGGGAAGCAGAUGGCACUUAUGAUCCGUUAGCCUGUUCUAUAUACGCUCGCUAUCCAUCAGCACUCGAAAUAUAUUCCGGUCAAGUUACCCUUCAAAGACGCAAAUAGCGUAAGGGCAGUGAUUUUCUUGAUUUUACCAGGUCAAAAAGCAAGCUGCG